AUGACACUGGAGGGGAAAGGAAUAUGCUCAGGCAAGCACGCCAUCGCAGAUUACCUCAUUGAACAUCAAGAGUUCCAACUCCUUGAGCUGAACAACAAACACUACCCUCGGAUAACCGAUGACCCAGAAGACGAUCUUCGGUUACAAGCUUCGGAACUCAGCAACAAGAGGAAUUCGGAAUUCACAUUCGACAGCGUCGAAUCCCUCCUAGACUUUGCAACGAAAAGAUGGAGGGAGCGCUGGGUCACAACAGAUAUCUGGGAUACUGCGACCAUAGAGCGUUUUCUUCAACGACCAUUUUUCCUCCUAGUGAGCGUUGAUGCGCCAGUUAGUCUUCGGUGGAAGCGGUUCACAGAUAGGUGCCGAAGGAGACAGCUUGAUCCUCCUCCGCUUGAAAGAUUUGUUAUAUGGAAUGAUCGGCACCUUUACGAUAAAGAAAUUGGACGUGCCUAUCUGACAGAUCGUGCGCAAGUGCGAUUGUUCAACUCAUGCUCUUCUUUGGAGGAACUGCAUGCUGCUCUUGAAGCCCUGAAUCUCGCCGAUGAGCAACGUCUACGUCCAAAUUGGGACCUGUAUUUCAUGCAACUAGCUUCACUCGCUGCGCAGAGAAGCAAUUGCAUGAAGAGAAGAGUGGGCUGUGUGCUCGUUAGGGAGCGCCGUGUAAUUAGCACCGGAUACAACGGGACUCCUCGGCAUCUUACCAACUGCAAUGAAGGUGGAUGCCCGCGAUGCAACCGUGGAGAAGGAGGAGGUGUUGGCCUAUCGACAUGUCUUUGCCUUCAUGCUGAAGAGAACGCUUUGUUGGAAGCAGGCCGAGAGCGUAUACGUGAAGGCUCAAUACUCUAUUGCGAUACAUGCCCUUGCUUGACGUGUACAGUCAAGAUCGCCCAGGUCGGUAUAUCGGAAGUCGUGUAUUCCCAAGGAUACAACAUGGACCAAGAAAGUGCUGCAAUCUUGGAAGCUGCUGGAGUAUGUCUGAGACAGUUUUCCCCGCCUCGAAACGGCCUCAUCUAUCUCCAAAAUUCUCAGAACAUUGCUUCGGAUUUGCCCUUGUUCAUCAGUCCUUCCGGUGGGAAUGAUGUCUCAUAA